AUGGGCCUCGUCGGCGUCUUCUCAACCCAAGUACCAUCAGCCUCACUAAUGGAGGAGACAUAUUCAACAAGUGGACCAUACGGACCAGAUGUCCUUCAUGAGCCAGAAUAUGCCAACGUGGAAUCGAUCAUGGUCGAUCGAGAAACGACGCCCCGCAACGGCCCAAGCCACAAGCUAAUUGACUUCACCGACUUUAGCAUCGUCUUCGUCCACGGACUGACAAGGAAUAGGGAAUCAAACUGGACCAAUAAACAGUCGAAAGCCUUCUGGCCCAAACAGCUUCUUCCUUGUGAUCUUCCAACUGCACGAAUAUGGACCUUCGGCUAUGAUGCGGAUAUCAUCGGUGCGCUGCGUACGGCUAGUCUGAAUACCUUGCGCGACCAUGGGAAAUCACUUAUGCAUGACCUGUCGCUGGCACCGCUGAGACUGGGAUCUACACUUCUUUGCGCUCGCGAGUCACCACAACAACACCAUAAGGACCUUUUUAAAUUGACGUUCGCGAUUGCCUUUAUGGGGACUCCGCAUGUUGGCUCCGCGCAGGCGAACUGGGCUACGCCUCUGACGCGGUUGGCGCGUGUUCUGCGUAGGACGAACACGGAGAUUGUGCAGGUGCUCGAGCCGGGUUCUGAGAUGCUUGCCAAUCUUCAGCAGGGGUUUCACACGAUGUUGGAGGAUUGUCGAAGGAAUCAAGGUAAAACGAUCGAGAUGUUUUGUUUCUAUGAAGAGUUGGCGGUCCCAACGAUUGGCAAGAUUUUCGAGGACCAUUCCGCUAUUCUGAGCGGCUGUUCGAAUCGCAGUAUUCAUGCUGAUCAUAUGGGGAUGACCAAGUUUAGUGGAAAUCGUGAUCCUGGGUAUGUUGCUGUGAGUGGGCAGUUAUGGCUCUGGGUCAAGCUUUUGGAGGAUAUGGAUUCUCAGGCACAGACGCAGACGCAGCAGGCAGCAUCCACCAGGACAGCGCAACAGCAACGUGCUAUAAACUCUGGUGGUGGCCCUAUAAUCUUCGGAAGUGUGACUGCAGGGCGAGAUAUUGUAAAUUCGAACUAG